AAUUAUACAGGAUUCAUAGAAGAAUACUAUUUGGACCGUUGAUACGAAAGAUUUUUACUGCCGGAGCCUAUUUCUUUUCAACAUUAACAUUUUUGGGACUCUUUUUCUUAUUUUUAUUACAAUUCAGAGAAUAGUACAAAUCUUUCUAGGACCAAGAAUCUAUAUGUAUAAAGCAUGUUAAAGCAUAGAUAAUUUUGAUAAUGAAACAAUCUAUAUUUUCAAUAUCACUGAUAGCGAAUUGUUAAACUAAAAUGAAUCAUACCUCUCAAUGAAAUUUACAUUUAACAAAACCCUUCUUUAUAUGAGUAAUGAAUUUCAACAGAAAUAUAAUUUCACUGUUGAAACUCAUUUGGUAGAGAUACAAUAUUACACUAAAGGAUUUAAUGCUUUUUUGUGUUUGGCUUCAGAUUUAGAAACUAUGUUUAUUAUUGAUUUUCUUGAUUUCCUUGGUUCCAAUUAUGAUGGCGAUGUACAAUUAUUGAAUCAAAAUACAAAUGAGACUUGGAGUUGGAAUAAGCAAUAGCUUCAAAGAAAAUAUGUUGUUGCUUACGAUGAAAGAAUCUACACAACUUUAACAGAGUUCAUCAAGUGCAUUUUGGGAAUAUUUCUACAAUCAAUUAUAGCCUCAAUUUACAUGAAGAUGUCCAUAAUAUGUGCUCCUAUUUUAAUAAUAUACAUGAGUAUUUGUUAUAAAUAACCUAAAAGUGAAUUGCAUGCAAAUCUGUUAGAAUUAAGAUAUUUAAGCACAAGCCUUAAUUGAUGCAUUUCCUUGGGUAGGCUAAUAUCUGACUUAUUUUGAAUAGAAAUCAAAAACUAAAAAAGGAGCUGCUCAAUUCAUUUAUCUAAAUGUUGAUUUUAUUUUACUUGGUCUACUUUUUGUAAUUCACUGGUUAUAAUAGUUCAAUUCAAUUGUUUGCAAAAAGUUACCCAAAAGGAUUGGCUGAAAACUUUUU